CUUGACGCAAUAAUGACAAUCGAACCGACGAAUAAAGCAACGACUAGAAGCCCCUAGAAUUCUAAACCACCUUCCCCUGCUUCUUCUUUGCAUCUAUAUAUGUAACCGUAGCUAACUUUUCUUCUAACAUUCUCGGAAGUUGUGAGAGAUUCUCUGUGUUUUAAGGUUGGGAUUGAGGUUCAACAAUGGCGGACGAAGUGAUUCUUCUGGAUUUCUGGCCAAGCCCAUUUGGGAUGAGGGUCCGAAUCGCCCUGGUAGAGAAGGGAAUAGAGUACGAAGGAAGAGAAGAAGACUUGAGCAACAAGAGCCCUCUGCUUCUGAAGAUGAACCCUGUUCAUAAGCAAAUCCCAGUUCUGAUUCACAACGGCAAACCCAUCUCUGAAUCUCUCAUCGUUCUUCAAUACAUCGACGAGGUUUGGAAUCAAAAUCAUAAAUUGCUUCCUUCUGAUCCCUACCAGCGAGCCAAUGCCAGAUUCUGGGCCGACUACAUCGACAAGAAGAUAUAUUCGACUGGGAGAUUGGUGUGGGCAACUACAGGGGAAUUACAAGAAAGAGCGAAGAAUGAACUGAGAGAGUGCUUCAAGCUGUUGGAAGCAGAGCUAGGGGACAAGACUUUCUUUGGUGGCGAUACGUUUGGUUUGGUGGACGUGGCUCUGAUUCCAUUUUACAGCUGGUUCUUCACACUUGAAACCACCGGGAACUUCAGCAUCACCGACGAGUUUCCCCAUCUGGUGGGUUGGGCUAAGAGGUGCAUGCAGAGGGAGAGUGUGGCCAAAUCUGUGCCUGACCAGUACAAAGUUUAUGACUUCCUCUUAGACCUCAAGAAGAAACUUCAACCUCAGCUUCAGCAGCAACACUGAAAUCUCAUGUACUUGUAAAUGUUACGAGUUCGUCGGAUUAUUCUAGUGUUGCAACAAUCCGAUUAUGGUCUCCAUAUUUCUGUGGAUCCUGUUCGUGUUUCUUUCUAUCUUCUGAAGCAUGUCUGAGUCUCAUUUUGUUCUGUAAAAAUAGUAGGAUCUAUAGUGAUGGACAAUAAAAGCACUGUGAUGUUUAAGUGGAUAUUCUUGCGUAGAUGAAUACUUUUGUUUUAGCAUGGCGUAAUUAGUGUAACUAUGUUGUUGAAGUAUUGAAAGAAUGACAGUGGAAGAUGCUGCAGAGAAAAA